AUGGAGGGACCUUCAGGAAACCCACUUCCAAGUCAGCCUUUGCUAGGGAAGCUCCAAAGAAGUAUGAUACCUGAGAAAUUACAGAAGAGGAGGGCCCAGGCUGCCAAGAACAAGGUCAAGGCCAAACACCGAUCUGGGGUCACUCCUGUUCUUCCUGUGAGGCUGACCAGUUGCAUCUUCACGAGGCCUGUGACUAGAAUAACUUCCCACCCUGAGAGUAAGACCAUGCGCAGGAAAGAGGAAGAGAAGCUGGUGAAACCCCGGCAGCUCUGCGCAUUAAGGAGACUGCAGGAAUAUCAAGAAGACAGUAACGGGGAACAGUUACAUCCAUUGGAUCUUAAAAACGCCGUACAAAGAAGUGCUCUGGGAACGCAGGCUGGAGCCAGAGUUCCAACAGCUGCUACCGAUCUGCACACUGAAGGGGAACAGUUACAUCCGUUGGAUCUUACAAACUCUGUACAAAGAAGUGCACUGGGAACGCAGGCUGGAGCCAGGGUUCGAAGAGGUGCUCUGGACCUGCACACUUCCCCCGAGUUCACCUCUGUCCAGCCCCCGAGUUCGGAAAGGAAGGUGCCAUCGCCGCCGUCUUUCUACAGUCAAAGGGUAACAACGGCUGUGGCUUUUCAGCUGUCACCUUCUUUCUACAGACAAGGGGUAACUACUGCAGACAUCCGGAGACAGACCCGGAGGGUAAAGAACGCCCGGAAGAAACUGGCUGCGGCCUUGGAGGCAGAUAGGCUUGCCAGGCAGGCUGAGAAUAUGGGGAAUGGAACAUAG